AUGCUGUUAUUCGCGGUUCUUUUGGGAGUCGUUGCAGCUCCGGAUCCGCUUCCAAAUCGCACUUUUACGGUCGAUUAUGACGCGGGCCAAUUUCUGCUCGAUGGGCGGCCGUUUAGCGACCGCUCAGGCGAGAUCCACUACUUUCGGAUGCACGAGAACACGUGGGAGUCACGACUGAGGCAGUUACGGAAUAUGGGCCUUGACACCAUCCAAACAUACGUCGCCUGGAAUUUUCACGAGAUUUUCCCUGGACAGUACUCCUUCACCGGCAAUCGCGACCUCGCCAAGUUUGUAGCUACGGCCGCCAAACACGAUCUGAAAACGAUUCUACGAAUCGGGCCUUAUAUCUGCGCGGAGUGGGAAAACGGCGGCUUCCCACCAUACGUCACGGACUCGAAUUUGACGUUGCGGUCGAUGGAUGAGCGAUACCUUGCACACGUCAAGAGAUGGUUCGACGUGUUGCUGCCCAGGAUUAAGCCGUUGAUGUACACGAAUGGGGGAUCGGUGUUGAUGAUCCAAAUCGAGAACGAGUACGGCCUAUGGGGCAAAUGCGACAAGAACUAUAUGGGCUGGCUGCGGGAUAUCGUCUGGCACCACCUUGGCUCCGAAACCGUCCUUUUUACGACCGACCCACCCGAUGCCGUGGAGUGUGGCAGCGUUGAGGGGGUGCUCCCCACCACCGAUUUUGGCCCCCGCACCAAUCGCUCUGAUAUCGAGAAGAUCAUGGAGGGACUGCGGAAGUAUAUUCCGAAGGGGAAAGGACCACUGGUGAAUUUUGAGUACUACCCGGGUUGGAUCACGAAAUGGAACGAAACGGCGGAGCAGAUUGACAAAGAGAUGCCGCGCGAUCAGGAUAUUGUUAAUGGAGCCAAGUGGAUGCGUGAAUUGAACAUCAGCUACAGUUUCUACAUGGCCUACGGUGGUACGAAUCCAGGGUAUUGGAACGGAGCGCAUGACGAUUACCCGGUGCUCCAAUCCUACGACUACGGUGCUCCGAUACGCGAGGACGGCACGCUGCGCCCUCUGUGGUACGCGUUGAGAAGUGCCAUUGACCGAGCGGCGGGAGGUCUCGAUCGGCCUAGAACUAGAGCACCGUGGGCAUUGACGGUGCCCGUCGUACAGGCUAUCACGAUACAACAGGUGAUUGAUCAGCUCGCCGUCCUGGUCCCAACAAAGUGCGGCACCUUCGCGGAUUGCGGACUCCCGUUCGGCACGCUGUGCUACCAUAGCCGCUCUGGUCACACCUGUGAAAUGCUGGCCGCACAGUCCUACGGCCAAACUUAUUGUUACGGCGAUGACUAUUGGUGUGUCGAGAACACUGGACGGAUCAACUAUCCGUCGAAGAACUCGAAAUGGGGCACGGCCGUUGACGACAAGGAAUUAGUCACGGCCGUUUUCACCGAGGCCAACAUCCGGCUCCUCGGUGGCAUGGGCCCAAGGCUAGGGAACUACGGCGCAGGGCUCUACCGCGGAUACCUGAACUUGCCUUCCUUGUCGUCUGAAACCCCUGUGCACAUCUCGUUCGAGAAUUGGGGCCGUGGUGUCCUGUUCGUCAACGGGAACAACAUCGGACGGUACUGGAGUAUAGGGCCGCAGUUGUCGAUCUACGUCGACCCGAACUACCUGAAGUCGGGCAGCAAUGAGAUCAUCUUCCUCGAGAUGCUCGACGUUAAUAGAGGCUGCAUCGGCGGCGCCUGCCACCUCAGCGUCUCCGGCAAGGCCACCUGGACCCACGAGCUGCGGCCA